UCCGGGAAGAUGGCGGCGCACACAUCACAUCUGGCACAUGUUUCUGCGGAGAGGACCUUGCACUAACGAGGUCAAGAGUCAUGGGAUGAAGUUUGCUGAGGAGCAGCUGCUAAAGCAUGGAUGGACUCGAGGCAAAGGCCUGGGCCGGAAGGAGAAUGGCAUCACCCAGGCCCUCAGGGUAACGCUGAAGCAGGACACUCAUGGGGUGGGACACGACCCUGCCAAAGAGUUCACAAACUGCUGGUGGAAUGAUCUCUUCAACAAGACUGCGGCCAGCUUGGUAGUGAAAACUGGGCAGGAUGGCGUACAGAUAAGGUGCCUGUCUAAGGAGACCACCCGUCAUGAUCAUGCCAAGCCCAACUUGCUGUAUCAGAAGUUUGUGAAGACGGCCACACUGACUUCAAGUGGGGAGAAGCCAGACAAGGACUUGGAAAGCUGCAGUGAUGACGACAGCCAGGGGUCCAAGCCUCCAAAGAUUCUGACUGAUGAGAUGAUGCUCCAAGCCUGUGAGGGGCGAACAGCACACAAGGCUGCCCGUCUUGGGAUCACGAUGAAGGCUAAGCUUGCUCGGUUAGAGGCCCAGGAGCAGGCCUUCCUGGCUCGUCUCAAAGGCCAGGACCCUGGGGUCCCUCAACUGCAGUCUGAGAGCAAGCCCCCACAAAAAAAGAAAAAGAAAAGGAAGCAGAAAGAGGAGGAAGAGGCCACGGCAACUGAAAGGAAUGCAGAAGAGUACCCAGAACACACUGACCAGAGUGUCAGGAAAAGCAAGAAGAAGAAAAGGCGGCAUCAAGGAGAAAGUGUCACAGAUGAGAGAGAGGGAACAGCUGUAAGGCAUGAGGAAGAGACCACAGGGACAGGUGGGCUUGGGGAAUUGAAAAACAGAGAACAAACGGAUCAGUCCCUCAGGAAAAGGAAGAAGAGGAGGAGGCAGCAUGAGGAAGAAGACUUGAACAUGGAGGAGGCUGUUGUAGAUGGUGGGACCAGAGAAGCAGAAAGCAGAUCAUGCGGUCAUCGGAAAAGUAGGAGAAGCAAGAAGAAAAGACAGCGGCAUCAGGAGGAGGAGGACGUCUUGCACGUAGGGGAUAAAGGAGAGGAGGAAGAUGGCAGGACUAGGACAGCAGAGAGCAAGGCAUACGUGGGCUCAAGUGGCAGAGGUAAGAAGAGGCAGAAGCAACCAGAGGAGGAAAGACCAGGAGUCCACACUGACCAGAGAGCAAAAAAGAAGAAACAGAAGAAGAGAAACUGA